AUGGGCAACAUCUGCUCUCGCUCUUCAAAUAAGCCCGAGGGCUUUACGGGCCCCGGUCGAGUCGUCGGCGCUCCUGCCUCAAGUCAAUCACCUGCGCCCCGUGCAUCUAUGCCCACGAACCAAAAUUGGCAAAGCAGUCCUGGGCGAACGCUCGGCGAAAGCUCCCCGCAACCAGGGGGCAGUGACGAGGCGCGGUCCAAUGCCGCGAUAGCAGCCCAGAAACGAGCUGAAGCAGCUUCUGCGGCCAACAAGGGGAAGCUGAGUAGCAAAUUGGCUGAGCAGAGGGCAAAGACUCAGACACAGACGUUGAACGAGGCGAGCCAGACAGAGCGAGCGGUACGCAAUGCAGAUGAGGCGGAGACGGCACGACAGUGGAACUAG